AUCUCAUAUCUAAUAAGCAUCUGAGGAACAAAAGAAUAAUGAUCAUCCGAACAUUAUCUAUUUUUGCUUUCUUAGAACUGCUAAUGAUUGAAUCAGCAGGAGGCCAGGCUCUGGGAACGCCCGGUUGUCAAGAGUUUUGUGGGAAUGUCAGCAUUCCUUCCCCCUUUGGAAUUGGAGCAGAUUGCUACAAGAACAAAUGGUUUGAGAUCUCCUGCAAUGAAACUUCCACCCCUCCUACAACUUUACUAACCAGCAGCAUAGAAAUUGAGGUGCCGUAUUUCUCUCUUGAUUCAAACUUUGUUGCCGUUAAAAUACCAAUAAUCCCCCGAAACUUGUCUACAGAGUUGAAAUCUGUGAAUUUCUCAGGAAGUCCUUACAUCUCCCCCUUGGUUCCCCACUUGACCCUGAGGAAUAUGUUAAAGAUGUGCUUAACUGGGUGAUUAAUGAGGUGGGGUAUUUUAAGUGACCUUUGGCAAAUGAAUGUGGCUGUGACAUGAGCAAGUGGACAUUGUUAUCUUGCUUGUAAUAUUUGAAACCAUAAGUGAUGACGAGUUCUUGAAAUGAUUGAUUGUGUACUUUGAGGAUUAUAAUGAGAAUCUAAGUGGCUAUGCAUACUGCAGUGAAUAAGUAAAGAUCAUAACCUUUG